GGUCUCUGUUCCUCAAUCCACUCUGCCGGUCUAAACGCACCUCUACCUUCGUCCUUUCCACGCCUAUCGAAGCUGUUGUGAACAUAUAUAAAUCACGCAAUCUUGGUGCCACUUUGCGGGAUGACUAUUAACGCGGCUCUUCCAAGAGCGGCAUCGAACGCUCCCUCAAACGAUUCGACGCCCUACCAAGUCAUGGCAACCAGCGGGGCAACCGACAUCCUCGACAUCAGGGUCGGCGCUACCGAAUUCGACAUCCUGCAGGACAUCAAGAAGGGGCUGAGACCCAAUGCCGGCGGCGAGAAAACCUUGCCCACCCUCCUGCUCUACGAUGAGGCGGGCUUGCGUCUCUUUGAGAAAAUUACGUACUUGGAGGAGUACUAUCUCACCAAUGCCGAAAUUGAGGUAUUGGAGACAUACGCAGAUCGAAUUGCUCAACACAUUCGGCCAGGAUCGAUUGUCGUGGAACUUGGCAGCGGCAAUCUACGGAAGGUCAACAUCCUUCUCCAAGCCAUUGACCGUCUCGGGAAACAUGUCGAGUACUACGCUCUUGACUUGUCGUUGAAGGAGCUCAAGCGUACUUUUGCCGAGAUCCCUACCUAUAAGCACGUCAAGUGCUUUGGCCUGUAUGGUACUUACGAUCAUGGCUUGGAAUGGCUCAAAUCACCACAAGUCAGCGGAAAGCCCAAGACCAUCCUUUGGCUCGGCUCCAGCUUAGGCAACUUCAAGCGAUAUGAGGUUUCGCCAUUCCUGUCCGGCUUUCGAGAUGCGCUCCAACCCGGCGAUACUCUGCUGAUUGGCAUCGACUCCUGCAAGGAACCAGAUCGAGUUUUCCAUGCCUACAAUGACAGGGAGAAUGUGACCCACGAUUUCAUCCUCAAUGGCCUCCAACAUGCCAAUCGCCUUAUGGAGAAAGGUGACGUUUUCAACCUUGACGACUGGAAAGUGAUUGGAGAAUACGAUAGAAUCGCCGGCCGACACCACGCCUUUGUAAGUCCCCUCAGGGAUGUUGUGAUUGAUGGAAUUUCGAUCCCCAAGGGCGAGAAAAUCCGGAUCGAAGAGAGCUACAAGUGGUCCCGUGAGGAAAUUCUUGGCCUCUGGAAACGCGCAGGAUUGGUUGAGAAUAGCGUUUGGAACAACGCGAAAGGAGACUACGGUCUUCACUUGGUUUCUAAGCCCGAAUUCUUCCUCCCACUCGCACCAAAGAAUUACGCGGCCAAGCCCGUACCAUCAAUCUCAGAGUGGAUUGAAAUUUGGGCGGCCUGGGACGCCGUUACCCGCAAAAUGAUACCAGAACAAGAGCUCUUCGCUAAGCCCAUCAAGCUCCGGAACGAUUGUAUCUUUUACCUCGGACAUAUUCCUACGUUCCUGGAUAUCCAUAUCUCUCGUGCUACUGGCUGCGUUCCAACCGAACCAGUAUAUUUUCGCAAGAUCUUCGAGCGCGGAAUAGAUCCUGACGUUGAGAAUCCUGACCACUGUCACUCCCACAGCGAGAUCCCGGAGACCUGGCCUAAUCUAGAGGAGAUACUCAAGUUUCAGGACGUAAUUCGACAAAAGACGAAGAACCUCUACACUUCUGGGGCUGCCUUUACCAACCGGCGUGUCUCACGUGCCAUGUGGAUUGGAUUUGAGCACGAAGCUAUGCAUCUAGAGACUCUGCUCUACAUGCUCCUCCAAAGCGAGAAGAUACUCCCGCCACCUGGUACCGUCAAGCCGGAUUUCGAAGCCAUCGCCCGACAGGCUGAGGUGACUGCAGUUGAGAAUGAAUGGUUUGAUAUUCCAGCGUCAGACAUUACCAUUGGACUGGAUGAUCCAGAAAGUACGAGUGGACCAGAGCGCUACUUCGGGUGGGACAAUGAAAAGCCGAAGCGCAAUGUUCGUGUCGAGGCCUUCAGUGCUAAAGCCCGACCAAUCACAAAUGGAGAAUAUGCCGAGUACUUAGAGAAGACAGGUAAGACUACCAUUCCUGCCUCUUGGUGUGACAAGCCGUAUGCUUUUGGGGAGGCAGCCGAUAUGGUCAAGAGGGACAGCGUUAUGAACGGGGCCAAUGGUCACGCCAAUGGCGCUAAUGGCUACUCUCGGAGUGUGACUUAUGGAAAGUAUGUCCGCACUGUGUAUGGUACAGUUCCUCUACAAUACGCUUUGAACUGGCCUGUAGUUGCGUCUUACGAUGAGUUGGCUGGUUGUGCCCGGUGGAUGGGUGGUCGCAUUCCUACGAUGGAAGAAGUCCGAAGCAUCUACAGCUAUGUUGACCGCUCCAAGUCUAAGGAGUUUGAGAAGUCUCUGGGAAAGACGAUUCCCGCCGUCAACGGCCACCUUGUCAACGACGGUGUGGAGGAAUCGCCACCAUCAUGCUGUUCGUCUAAUGGCAUCUCCAGUACUGCAUCCAGUCCUCAUCCGCAUGACCUCUUCAUUGACCUUGAAGGAAUCAAUGUGGGCUUCCAACACUGGCACCCCGUUUCUGUCGCGGAAAAGGGAAACAAGCUCUGUGGCCAAGCUGAUUUGGGUGGGGUGUGGGAGUGGACUAGCUCUGUACUGGAGAAGCAUAAGGGGUUCGAACCGAUGGACUUAUACCCUGCGUAUACAGCUGAUUUCUUUGAUGGAAAGCAUAAUAUUACUUUGGGAGGUUCCUGGGCAACGCACCCUCGCCUAGCCGGACGUAAGACUUUCGUCAACUGGUACCAGCGAAGCUAUCCUUACGUCUGGGCUGGAGCUCGCCUUGUGCGUGAUGCCUAGACGGAAUCUUGAAUUGGCGAAAUAGUGGGCGUCCCAAAGCUGACUUGUUCGAUAGCAGUGUUUGACCUCGCCACUUGGUCCAUUGUUUGAGUAGUCUCUGUUUUUGAUCUGACCAGAAGUCGUUCAUUUUAUCGUAGCCUAAAAGUGUAUUCACAAUAGCGAUGAAAAAACAUUACCA